CGAAAGCAGUAUUCAACAGCAAAUAUUAUGCAAUCACUCUUCUGCAUAUGAGUUGUUAUACAGAGUUAGAGUUGCAUGAAGUAAAGCCAUUCAAAGCAAUGUAAAUCUAUGUAAUUUGGAAAAUCAAAAAGGGGCCUAAGCUUUCGAUCCUAGCAGAAUCUUCGUCGGAGGCAAAAAUGUAAUUUGAGCGGUAACACUGCGUUGGUCUGUUGGAGCGGCUUGCUGUUGUUUAUUGCUCAUCCUGAGACAUCCUUGCUCGCUAUAAUUUUAAUUGUGUUUAAUUGCAGAUAUUUGGGGAAAAAAUUAAACUACAGCGUGAGUAAACCUACAAGGUCUCUGCAUUAGUCUGUGUAUCGACCUUUUAUUAGCUCUUUUCAUUGCAUUGUGUUGCCGCCCUUGGUUGGAUUGUCUGCAGUCACGCAAUACACAACCGAAGCCAAGUCCAAAACGCAGAAGUGUGAGCCGGGUUUUAGUGCAAGAAGAUCGGACAGUGAAUCAUCAGGUCAUGAUGAACUUUCUAAUUGCAUGUCGGCUCAAAAGGGUUCGGGUUCAUACUGAUCUUCAUAUAUUGCCACAAUAUACUAUUAUAUUCAUAUGCCAAGUUAUACUUCCUAAUUCUAUCAUAAUUCAUCAGGUGUAAUACAAAGUGGAGGAGCUGUGGUGUAGUGGUUCUGACUCUCGCCUUGUAAACAGAUGGUCGUGUGUUCGAAUUCCACCGCGGUCUGGCGUCCUUUGGCAAGGCGUUAAUUCACACUCGACCCAGGGGCUAGAUGGGUACUGUGAGAAGAUAUUUUCUAGAAUAUUACCCACCAUAUAAAAACACACAUAGGAGAAAAGCCUUCUGAUUGUUCUCAUUGUGAGAAGAUAUUUUUUAGAAAGUCUUGUCUUAUAAUGCAUAUGAGAAGACAUACUGGUGAAAAGCCUUAUCAUUGCUCUUAUUGUGAGAAGAAAUUUUCUGACAAGUGUAAUCUUACCCGUCAUAUAAGGCCACAUACAGGAGAAAGGCCUUAUGCUUGCUCUAUAUGUGAGAAGAGAUUUUCUGGGAAGAGUCAGAUUACCCACCAUAUAAAAACACACAUAUGAGAAAAGCCUUCUGAUUGUUCUCAUUGUGAGAAGAUAUUUUUUAGAAAGUCUUGUCUUAUAAUGCAUAUGAGAACACAUACUGAUGAAAAGCCUUAUCAUUGCUCUUAUUGUGAGAAGAAAUUUUCUGAGAAGAGUAAUCUUACCCGUCAUAUAAGAACACACACAGGAGAAAAGCCUCAUGAUUGUACUUACUGUGAGAAGAUAUUUUCUGUGAAGAGUGAGACUACCCGCCAUAUAAGAACACACAUAGGAGAAAAGCCUUCUGAUUGUUCUCAUUGUGAGAAGAUAUUUUUUAGAAAGUCUUGUCUUAUAAUGCAUAUGAGAACACAUACUGAUGAAAAGCCUUAUCAUUGCUCUUAUUGUGAGAAGAAAUUUUCUGAGAAGAGUAAUCAUACCCGUCAUAUAAGAACACACACAGGAGAAAAGCCUUAUGAUUGUACUUACUGUGAGAAUAUAUUUUCUGUGAAGGGUAAUCUUACCCGUCAUAUAAGAACACAUACUGGAGAAAAUCCAUAUGCUUGCCCACAUUGUGAGAAGAAAUUUUCUGAGAAUAAUCAGCUAACCCGUCAUAUAAAAACACAUAUUGGAGAAAAACCUUGUGCUUAAUCUCAAUGUGAGAAGAGAUUUCCUUACAACAGGGCUGCCAACUUUUGAGAAGAGUUUGGAGUGAGACAUUGCGAGGGAGUGAAGCGACCAAGCCCGAGGGCGCAGAGCACCUGAGGGGGGGGGGAUGGUGUGUAGGGAGCUUUUACAAUUUUGUGAUAAUCUGCUGCUCCCUUAAGGAAAAAAGAAUGAAGGAAAGAAAUAAAGCAGGAAGCAAGCAAGCAAGCAAUAUAAAAAAGAAAGAAAAGGUAAAAGAAUAGAUGAAAGGAGGAAAAACAAAGAAAGACAAGGAAAGGAAGGAAUGAAUGAAGGAAGGAAGGAAUGAAUGAAGGAAAGAAAGAAGGAAAGAAGAAAGAAAGAA